UCUGUUUGAUUUAUUUAUUUAAGUUUUUUCUCUCUUAAUUUCAUGAUUCAGUUCUGUUUAUUAAUGAUGAUUUUAUUCUCUGAGCUGAAAUUGCUUGAAUGGGAUGUGCCACCUAUGAGUUUCUGAUCUUAUAUGUUUUUUUCCCUCUUCAUUUUAAAACCGUGAUUUUCGUGUUGGUGUUUGGAGAGAAACUGGAAUUUUCUUUUUGUGCGAGUUGAAUAUAAAAUAUAGUGGAAGGUUUUAAUGAAUCGUGAAUAGUUUUCUGUUAUUACACUCCGACAUAAACUUGAAGCUAAUAAGGUUAACGAAGUUUGUUCAAUUUGUUCUUAUGUUUUGGACAGAUUGAUAUAUUUGGGUUUCUCAUACAUGCAUGACAUUUAGUUCACGCAAAUAGGGGAUGGUGGGUUGUUGUUUUGUGCAACUUCCACCUUUAGGCUUUGUACAGUGUUUCUUGUUUGUGCAACAACAGUCUCCAUAUUUGCAGGAUGGAAUGUUAUUUGCUACGGUUCCUGUGUCCGAAUACAAGUAAGGAUGUUUUCACCUGGCUUCCAUUUACCCUCAGCUUCUUCGGUGUUAGUGCCGUUACUCUUGGAGGUGGAUGACUUUGUUGUAAUUGAGAAUCAUAUUAGUUCUGAUUAUGGAUUUCAUCUUUCUUUAUUUGUUCAGAUGCUGAUUUAGAAGCUGGGAAUUCAGCUGGCUUUCAUGCUGUUGCAUUUUCAUAUGAGAAUCCCAACGAGUCCGCUGUGAUAAAGGACGAUGACACUGAGACUGGUUUUCAUCCUCAAUUCCCAGUGCCAGAGAACUUGCUCAAUAACCUGGUGAUAACUGUCUAGGGUACAUAUGUUAUUCUAAGGCUUACAAUGUCUAAGUUUCAGAUGCUCGGAGCAUAAAUGGAGUUCUUUUGACUCAAGGUAGCCAUUCACAGGCACCUUGAUUCCUUUUGAUGUCAUGACAAGGGGUCGUGCAGGUGGGAUUAGGAUGAUAUAAAUACGUUGGUUCUUUACCUGUUGAGAGCAAUGGGAUGAAAACAUUUCUACAUAAAGUUGUGUUUCUUGAUCUUUAUGAUUAUCCAAGUAUAUGUGAGCCUCCAAAUGAGAAGGUCCAUCAGAUUAUUUCAAGGACUGCAAUGUUUGUCAGCAAACAUGGAAGCCAGUCAGAGAUUGUUCUUCGAGUGAAACAAGGAGAUAAUCCUACAUUUGGGUUCCUCAUGCCUGAUCAUCGUCUUCAUUCAUACUUUAGGUAUCUUGUUGAUCAUCAAGAACUUCUGACAAUUGACAAUAAUGGAAAUUCAUCUAUGGACAAGAAUAGAAGUCAGGGUCUUGAUCAAACAGGUGGUGCAUUAUCCUUGCUUGGAUCUGUAUAUGGAUCUGGAGAGGAUGAGGAGGGUACAAACGAGAAUACUCAGGAAGUAGAGAGAAAGGUGUGUGAGGAUUCUGUUGGUGCUGCUAAUAAUGCUUCCAUGGAAACAGAGCAAGCAGAAUCUUCUUCAGAUGCAGCAAAGAAGGAUGGAAGCAUCUCUAAAAAUCCAGUAUCCUCUUUGAAAGAAAAAGUUCCCGUCAUAAAGCGCAAUCAUUCUAUCAGCAAUGUCAAGGCAGUAGCUGCAUCUAAGGAAAAGACAAGUGAUGCCUCAGAUUCAGUGACUAAUGCAGCGGACAAGUCACAUACUCCUGUUCCUAAUACAACUAAGAUUAGUCUCCCUAUCGUGGAACCACCAUCUGACUUAAAGAGAGCUAUUGAGAAGAUAGCUGAGUUCAUCGUAAAUAAUGGCAAACAGUUUGAGGCCGUUCUUGCUGAACAGGACCGUGCUCAUGGAAGGUUCCCAUUCCUUGUGCCGUCAAAUCGAUAUCAUACAUACUAUUUGAAAGUUCUUCAAACUACUGAAGAGUCUAAGUUAUCAGGCAAGGUCUCCCAAAAGCAGAAUUCAGCAGGUCGUGCAGGUGAAAGAAACACUGUACGCGAAGAAAGUGAUAAACAUUCAUGUGGAUCCCUGGGUUCUGAUCUACCAUGUGAUAAGGACCGGAAGGAGAAGUUCAAGAUGAUUGUUGGCAGCAAGUCAAAGAAGGAUGAUCAAGAUCAGAUUCCUCAAGACAAUCAGUCUCAAAAUGUAGUAAGCGUGAAUGCAACAGCAGCAGCAGCUAUUCUUCAGGCUGCCACUAGGGGUAUUAAAAAACCAAAUUUAGAACUCUUCAGCAAGACAUCAAGCGGUAAUGGCCAAGGUCUUGGAAGUGAUGGUGGCCAUUUGUCCAGCACUGGGAGCUUGUAUUCAUCUCAACUCCAGCGAUUGGUUGAAAGUUCAAAUCUGAAGGUAGACAUAAGUGGUUCUGCCCGGGCUAUUGCUGAAACAGUAGCUAUUGCAGCAGCGCGGGAGGCGGACUCCUCUGAAGCACAUAUGACCAAAGAGGAGAAGCUGAAGGCUGAUAGAUUGAAACGAGCAAAAAUGUUUGCAGCCAUGUUAAAAAAUGGAGUUGCUCCAGUUAAAAGUGAGACCACUCGGGGGUUAUCAGUUGAUCCCCCAGGCUCUGGACUUUCAGGUUCUGAUGCUGAGGCUGGGAGUCUUGUGGGUAAAGAAAGGGAAGGAAGUUCUGUUCCAUUUGAUGUUGAUAAUUCAGAUAGAAGUCAAAAGUCUGAGGAGAAGCAUUCUGUUGAUAAUUCUGAUACAAGUCACAAGUCCAAGGAAAAACUCGCCGUUGAUAAUAACGAGCAGCAGAAAUCCAAACGGAAGUACCGGUCAAGAUCUGGAAAACAGGAAGUGGAGGAGGAGGAGGAGGAGGAGGAAGAAAACACAGAAGACAAAAGGGAUCACAAACAAUCGAGAAAAAAGCAUCGAUCUCAUCGAUCUUCACACAGCAGCCACGACAGGCACAAGCACAAGCACAAGAGAAAACAUUCCUCCUCCAAAGACAGGUAUUCCCACAAAAGGCAUAAGGAUGACAGCUCCUCCGACGAAGAGGAUCACCACUCGAGGCAUCAUAAAAAAGAUAGCUCUGAUGAUGAUAAGUAUCGUUCGUCCCGGCAACGGCAUAAAGAGAAUAACACAUCAGACAACGAACAUAGACGUACCCGGCAUCGGAAUAAGCAUUACAGUUCAUCAGACGAUGAUGAACAAAGUCAUAGAAGCAGAAAUGUAAAGCACAGGAGCAGAUAUCAUGCAGAAAAGGAAAGGGACCUUGAGGAAGGGGAGAUAGUAGCGAAAUCAGACAAGUCAAAAGCCAAAGAGGUUGGAAGUGAUAGCAGGGAGGCUUCUGUUGCAAGGGUACCAUCCCAAUCUCCAGAAACAACUGAGGUCUCUGAUGAGCUUAGAGCCAAAAUAAGAGCCAUGUUGAUGGCCAACUUGUAAAAUUCGCCUCCUAACGAUUUAUAUUGUAUCAUAUUAUUCGUACUUAACAAUCAGUCCAUCAUAUUUGUGUUGUUUCAUGCUGAAA